AUGUCCUUGGUUCAGUUCUAUAUUCCUUCUGAAGUUGCCAGAGAAUGCGUGGCAGUUUUGGGGGAUAUGGGAAAUGUGCAAUUUAGAGAUAUGAACCAGAAUGUCAGCUCUUUUCAACGUGCAUUUGUCAAGGAAAUCAGAAGUUAUGAUCAAGUUGAACGUCAAUUGAAAUAUUUGACAGGUUUAAUUCAAAAACAGGAAAUCAAGAUACGUGUGAAUGACCAUGAUGAAUUAAUUAUGCCUCCAUCUACAGACUACCGACAAUUCUAUGAUUCACCUUCGCAUUUGUCUGCAAGCGCUUUGGAGGAAUUAUUACAUGAAAUAGCGUCGGUUGAAUCCAAGGUGAGAGAACUAUCCUUUCAGAAAGAUGAAAUGUCACAAAGAAAAGCUGAUUUGACUCAACAUAGAUUAGUGUUACAGAACACAAGACAGUUUUUUGAAUCUAGGCUUUCACUUGAUCUGGAUGAUUCAGACUCACUUUUCAAUCAAGUGAGGUUAUCCACUGAAAGUAGUGAUAGUUUUAUUAUAUCUGAUGAUGAAGGAGAUGGUGUUUUACUUGAAUCAGGCUUAGGGAAUACCAAUCAUGGAGGUAAUUCUAUCUCUACAGGUCGGAACGAACUUAAUGUUUUCGGAUCAACCAUGAAUUUCAUUAGUGGUAUUAUUGAUACAGAGAAAUUCUUAAUUUUAGAGAAGAUUUGCUGGAGAACACUUAGGGGUAAUGUCUAUACAAAUCAUGUGCCAUUACCGGAGCCUAUUAUUGACAUAAAGACGGGGGAGCCUUCAUUUAAGUCUGUUUUCCUUAUUUUCACACAUGGUGAAUCGUUGAUUAGCAGAUGUAAGAGAAUAGUUGAGUCUUUAGACGGAAAACUGUACAAUGUUGACAGUGACUAUGAAGUUUACAAGCAAGAAUUAAGAACGGUGAAUAAUAAAAUAAAAGACAUAAACGAAGUUUUGCUUUACACAAACGAAAGGCUGUUGAUUGAAUUGAAGCAAGUAGCAUUGGAUAUUGAGAAAUGGAAAAUUAUAAUUAAAAGAGAGGUUUCAAUAUAUGAAGUAUUGAAUUUGUUUAACUAUGACUCAACCAGAAGAUGUGUUAUUGGAGAGGGUUGGAUUCCAAAUGAUGACUUAACGUAUAUCAACAUGGCAUUGAGAGACGUCACCAAUAAAUUUGAUGCUGGAUUAAGUACUAUUGUUAACUUAAUGAUCACCAAUAAGACCCCUCCGACGUAUCACAAGACCAAUAAAUUCACUGGUGCUUUUCAAUCGAUUAUCGAUGCAUAUGGUAUUGCAACAUAUCAAGAGGUUAAUCCUGGUUUAGCGACAAUUGUAACUUUCCCCUUCAUGUUUGCUAUCAUGUUUGGUGAUUUGGGACAUGGUUUGAUCCUUUUCAUUGCCGCCUUGACCUUAGUACUCUGCGAAAAUAGGAUCUCCAAAAUAAAAAACAGGGAUGAGAUAUUUGACAUGGCAUAUACUGGACGUUAUAUUCUACUUUUAAUGGGGGUAUUCUCUAUGUACACAGGUAUUAUUUACAACGAUCUCUUUUCUAAAUCGAUGUCGCUUUUCAAAUCGGGUUGGAAAUGGCCAAAUGGAUUCAAAGAGGGUACGUCUAUAGUUGGAACCCAACGUGGUGUUUAUCCACUUGGUUUGGACCCGGCUUGGCACGGGACUGAGAAUAACUUGCUGUUUACAAAUUCAUACAAAAUGAAGCUUUCGAUUUUGAUGGGGUUUAUUCAUAUGUCUUAUUCGUUUUAUUUUGCCCUUGUGAAUUACAGAUUUUUCAAUUCAAGGGUUGACAUCAUUGGCAAUUUCAUACCUGGCUUACUUUUUAUGCAAUCCAUCUUUGGCUACUUAACAAUUACAAUAGUUUAUAAGUGGUGUGUUGAUUGGAUUGCCAUUGGGAAACCGGCCCCAAGUUUACUAAACAUGCUAAUCAAUAUGUUCUUAUCCCCAGGUACCAUAGAGGACAAGUUAUAUCCAGGCCAAGGUCCAUUACAAGUUUUCCUAGUUUUGAUUGCUCUUGUUUGUGUUCCUUGGUUGUUGCUUUACAAGCCAUUAACACUAAAAAAAAUGAAUUCUAAUAAGAUUCAAUUAGGGUAUGCGGAUGUUAAUGGCCCAGAUAAUACAAAUUCAAGGAUAUCCGUAGAAUCUGUUCCAUAUACCGAGGAAGCAGAAGAUUUAUUUGACCGUGGCAGCAAUACCAUUCAGGAAAGGUUAUCAAUUGACGCUGACGUGGGACUUCUAGAAGACGAAAAUGGUGAAGAGGAAGAACCAUUUAGUUUUGGUGAUGCCAUGGUUCAUCAAGUGAUCCAUACUAUUGAAUUCUGCUUGAAUUGCGUCUCACACACAGCUUCUUAUUUACGUUUGUGGGCGUUAUCUUUGGCACAUAAUCAGCUUUCUGCAGUUCUCUGGGAAAUGACUAUUCAAAAUUCUUUUAAACCAUACAGUGAGACCGGAUGGGUUGGAUCGAUUAUAGUAUUCUUCCUGUUUGGAAUGUGGUUCGUCCUCACAGUUUGUAUUUUAGUUGUUAUGGAAGGCACCUCUGCAAUGUUGCAUUCUCUAAGAUUACAUUGGGUUGAGGCAAUGUCUAAAUUCUUUGAAGGUGAAGGUUACGCCUACCAACCUUUUAGUUUUUAUAGGAUUAUUCUAGACAUGCAAGCUGCCGAGAUGGAGGAGGAGAGAAAGUAG